GAACUGUCAUGAGACUCGUCUUCUUACUACUACUACUCAAUGUCUUCCUCUUCGAACAACUACUGACCAAACCAAUGCCAUUCAACUCUGCCGUUCAAUAUAAUCAAGGUGUGGACGGCUCCAAACCCAAUAUAGUUUUCAUCGAUGACGAAGAUGAUAAAUUCAACUUUGAGCAUGCCAGAAAUUUAGAUUCUUCAAACUCACAACUGCGUCCUGAAAACCAUAAUAUUGACAACCCCAAUCCUGCAAAUUGUACACCUGAGCGCUAUCUCGAAAUGAGAAACCGAAAUGUUGGUCAACACUGGUAUCCAGGAGUUCCUCGUCCAGACAUUGGACAGUACUAUUGGUACUAUUGAAACAUUGAACCGAGAUGGAUCUACAUUUGACUCAGAACAAUUCUCAUAUCUCAGUAUCAACGAUUUCUCCAAAUUCCUCUUCACAUCAUCACAAUUCACAUACACCAUAUCAUCUCCAGUUGUACUAUUCUACUCAUUUGUCUAACCAUUAAAUAUACUUAAUCCC